AUGCUGAUCAAGCCUUCAGCUCUUCUAGGCUUUUUGUGUUUUCUCCUCUUGCCUAGUUUCUCCUGCUCCUGUCCUAGUCGCUGCUUGUGCUUCAGGACUACAGUAAGAUGCAUGCAUCUGAUGUUGGAAAACAUCCCUGAUAUCCCACCCCAGACAAGCAUACUAGAUUUACGUUUCAACCACAUCAAGGAGAUAAAACCUGGAGCCUUCAGGAAACUGAAGAACCUCAACACGCUGCUGCUGAACAAUAAUUUGAUAAAACAAAUUGUGAGACGAUCCUUUGAAGAUCUGGAGAACUUGAAAUACCUCUACCUUUACAAAAACGAAAUCCAGAGUAUCCAGCAACAUGCUUUCCAUGGGCUCCGUUCUCUGGAACAGCUUUACCUGCAUUUCAACAAUCUGGAAACCCUGGAGCCAGAGACUUUUAGUGACCUGUCUAAACUUGAAAGACUAUUCUUGCACAACAACAAAAUUUCUAGGAUUCAUCCAGGGACAUUCUCUCAAUUGGAGUCCCUCAAACGACUGCGGCUGGAUUCCAAUGCCCUGCUUUGCGACUGCGACUUGAUGUGGCUGGCGGAGCUGCUGAAGAAAUCCGCGGAGCAAGGCAGCGUCCAGACGGCUGCCACCUGCGAGGCUCCGAGGGAGCUGCACGGCCGCUCCGUCGCUACCCUCACCGCCCGAGAGUUUCACUGCGAGAGCCCUCGCAUAACCUCAGAGCCCCACGAUGUUGACGUCCACUUGGGAAAUACUGUUUAUUUCACCUGCAGGGCAGAAGGCAACCCAAAGCCAGCGAUUAUAUGGCUGCACAACAAUAACAAGAUUGACAUGAAAGAUGACAACCGCCUUAACCUGUUGCAAGAUGGAACCUUGAUGAUCCAGAACACCAAGGAGUCAGACAAGGGCGUCUACCAGUGCAUGGCCAAGAACAUAGCUGGGGAGGUCAAGACGCAAGAAGUUGUUCUGCGCUAUUUUGGCACCGCAUCCAAGCCCACUUUUGUGAUCCAGCCACAGAACACUGAAGUACUGGUUGGGGAAAGCGUCACCUUGGAGUGUGGGGUCUCUGGGCACCCCCACCCUCGCAUCAGCUGGACACUUGGCGCAGGCUCUCCUUUACCACAAGAUUCCCGUUUCUCCAUCACCAGCUCUGGAGGACUCUACAUUCAGAACGUCACCUUCUCGGACCAGGGGCAGUACAAUUGCAAUGCCAGCAACACUGAGGGAUCCAUCCAGGCUACAGCAAAGAUCAUAGUGCAAGAUUCUCCCAAGUUUCUCCUUAUCCCCACCGAUCAGACAGUAACUGAGGGGCAAAGUGUGGAUUUUCCCUGCUCUGCUGAGGGUCACCCUCCACCUGUCAUUGCCUGGACGAGGGCAGGUGGGCCUUUGCCAAAUGACCGGAGACAUAGCAUCCUCUCCACUGGUACCCUACGGGUGAUGAGGGUUGCUUUACAUGACCAAGGUCAAUAUGAAUGCCAUGCUAUCAGUGCCAUCGGUGUAAGGAGCCUCCCAGUACAGCUGUCAGUGACCCCCCGAGUGAUACCUGUGUUUCUUCAUCCCCCGCAAGAUGUGGUGGCAGAGACAGGCCAGGAUGUUGCGAUUACCUGCGCUGCCCAAGGAGAUCCACGACCCACCAUAACCUGGGUCAAAGAGGGAAUUCAGAUCACAGAGAGCGGCAAGUUCCACGUAAGUCCAGAUGGGACUCUCUCCAUCCAAGACCUCGGCGUGGCUGAUCAGGGCAGAUACGAGUGCAUAGCAAGAAACCCCUUUGGCUUCACCUCCAGUACGAUGCAACUCACUAUCACUGCCAUGGAUGUUGGUCGGAGUGGUGACAUGUUUGUAGCGACAUCAAUACGGGAAGCCAUCAGCAGUGUGGACCAUGCUAUUAAUUCAACACGCACUGAGCUGUUUAGCAAGCGCCCCAAGACUCCCAAUGACCUUCUGGCUCUCUUCCGCUACCCCCGAGACCCCUAUACUAUUGAAACAGCCAGGGCGGGUGAGAUCUUUGAAAGAACCUUGCAGCUGAUUCAAGAACAUGUGCAACAAGGCUUAAUUGUGGAUAUGAAUGUCACAGGCUAUCGUUACAAUGACUUGGUCUCCCCUCACUACCUGAACAUGAUUGCCAAUCUUUCUGGCUGCUCUGCCCACCGCCGUACACCUAACUGCUCAGAUAUCUGCUUCCACAAGACGUACAGGACCCACGAUGGCUCUUGUAACAACCUCCAGCAUCCGAUGUGGGGCGCGUCUCUCACAGCCUUCCAGCGACUCCUCAAGCCAGCCUACCAGAAUGGAUUUAACCUCCCCCGGGGAUUUUCUUUGGCAGAAAACUCCAGGGACCUGCCUCUUCCAUUACCUCGCCUUGUCUCCACUGCCAUGAUUGGGACUGAGACCAUCACCCCAGAUGACCAGUUCACUCAUAUGCUCAUGCAGUGGGGCCAGUUUCUGGACCACGACAUGGACCAGACAGUGGCUGCCAUUAGCAUGUCCCGUUUCUCGGACGGGGCACCCUGCAGCAAGGUCUGCAGCAAUGACCCUCCUUGCUUCUCCGUCAUGAUUCCUGCGAAUGACCCCCGUGUGAGGAAUGGGCGCUGCAUGUUCUUUGUCCGCUCGAGCCCUGUGUGUGGUAGUGGGAUGACCUCACUGCUGAUGAACUCUGUCUAUGCCAGGGAGCAGAUCAACCACUUGACCUCUUACAUUGAUGCCUCGAAUGUUUAUGGCAGCACUGAGCAGGAAUCGCAGGAGCUGAGGGAUCUAAGCAACCAGAAUGGGUUGCUGAAGCAAGGGCAAGUUGUGCCCAGCUCGGGGAAGCACCUUCUUCCCUUCGCUGUGGGGCCACCCACCGAAUGCAUGAGAGACGAGAACGAGAGCCCUGUGCCAUGCUUCCUAGCAGGAGACCACCGUGCCAAUGAGCAGCUGGGUCUCACAUCCAUGCACACUCUUUGGUUCCGGGAGCACAACCGUAUUGCCAAUGAGCUAUUGACCCUCAAUCCCCACUGGGAUGGAGAUCUCAUAUAUCACGAGGCACGGAAGAUUGUGGGUGCCCAAAUGCAACAUAUCACCUAUGCCCAGUGGCUCCCCAAGAUCCUUGGGGAAGCUGGAAUGAAGAUGCUGGGUGAGUACAAAGGCUACAACCCCAACAUCAAUGCGGGAAUCCUCAAUGCCUUCGCCACCGCUGCCUUCCGCUUUGGCCACACCUUGAUCAACCCCAUCCUGUACCGACUGAAUGAAACCUUCCAGCCCAUCCGCCAAGGCCACAUCCCUCUGCACAAGGCCUUCUUCUCCCCUUUCAGGAUCACACAGGAAGGUGGGAUUGACCCCCUCCUCCGCGGGCUGUUUGGGGUGCCUGGGAAAAUGCGAGUACCCUCAGAACUCCUCAACAUGGAGCUGACAGAAAAACUCUUCUCAAUGGCACACUCGGUCUCACUGGACUUGGCUGCUAUCAAUAUCCAAAGAGGGCGAGACCAUGGCAUCCCACCUUACAAUGAUUUCAGGGUCUUCUGCAACCUCUCAUCUGCACAAGAGUUUGAGGACCUCAAAAAUGAGAUAAAGAACUUGGAGAUCAGGGAAAAGCUCAGGAGCUUAUAUGGAACUACCAAAAAUAUUGACCUGUUCCCAGCACUGAUGGUGGAGGAUCUUGUCCCUGGUACCAGAGUUGGACCAACACUGAUGUGCCUGUUAACAACGCAGUUCAGAAGACUAAGGGAUGGAGACAGAUUUUGGUACGAGAAUCCUGGGGUCUUCACGCCAGCACAGCUAACUCAGAUCAGACAGACAUCCCUUGCUCGUAUCAUCUGUGACAACAGUGACCACAUUCAACAGCUCCAGAGAGACGUCUUCCAGGUGGCAUCAUACCCGCAGGGCAUGGUUGGUUGUGAAGAGAUUCCGGCAGUGGAUCUCCGCUUGUGGCAGGAUUGUUGUGAGGACUGCCAGACACGUGGACAAUUCAAGGCUCUUUCUCAGCGGUUCCAAAGCAAGAGAUCUCCCAGAUUCAGCUACCCAGAAGAAAACCCUUCUAAGCACAAGCCUGCAUUUCCCAGAAAUGAGGUGCCUUCUCCAAGCCCUUCCUCCAGAGAGAAUCUUGAGUCCCUUGUGGCCGAACUAGAGAAGACAGUUGCUUCCCUACAGAAACAGGUAAAUGUACUAGAGAGUCAGCUGAGGUGGCACCACAGGAACACUAGCACGUAUGGACAGGGGAAGAGGACUGGAGACAGAAAAAGAUAACCAUGUUACCCGUUCAUACAAGGUGCCCCGUGACCUGCACUCCUGCUCUCCACCAGCCAGUCCGAUCCCCGCCUAAAGGGCUCCAAACCAGCAGCCUGCAAGACCCAGCAAUGCUCUGCCUCCUCUCACACCUCCUGUAUGGCUCCCUGUCCCAGGACGACUGUACUUCUGCCUGUACCAAACCCUCUGCACUGACUGUUUGAGCCCCCUCAGCCGCUGACUGUUUCUAUGCUCGUCAGCCUCCAGGGAAUAGGCUCUCCCUCUGCACUGCCCCAUUUAAUGCUGACAGACUAGCAGUCUGCCAAGAUGCCGCUUUCUACCAUAGUCUGCAGCACAGGAAAUGGAGGAGAAUUGAAGCUGCUUUAGUGCCACUGUUCUGCUUUUCUCUUUUUCCCAUGCAAUGCUGUCAUCAUCCACCACCUCUUGUCUGCAAUGUCCCAUGGCACCCAGGCUAAACAAUUUAUUAAGAGGCAAAAUCUUUCUCAGAUAAUCUAUCCCCAAGUUUUGGUGCCAGGAAGCCCCUGGAGUAAUCUUACUGUGGUUCAAAAAAAAAUUAAACAUUAUGUCCUCUUAUGCCAGCAAAAAGAGCAAGAACAGCCGCAGGGCGCUGGAAGGCACCGUUGGCUGGGCUUGAGUUCGUGCCGGCAGCAACGAGAUAAACCCAACGCUUAGGGAAUCUUCUGGCUGUUUGGAUGCCUCCAAACGAGAUACCAGAGGCAGAAGAGCACAGUGGCCCACGAUGCUGAGAUCAGCCACUGUGCUUUGCCAACCACUCGCUAAUGAGUGGAGCGUCCUCGAUUAUAUUACCGUGUGAGUGAAUCUGCUGUUAUGUGCCCAGUGCUAAGAAGCUUUUUCCUAAACAUGAACUGCAUUCUCUAAAUUUCUACACUUCGGGUUUUUAAUUGGAUUUGUGUUUCUCCUCCUCUUUCUCCCAAAAGGCUCGUAGCUGGAAGAUGUAUUUAGAAUGUGAACGUAAGAGGACCUGAAACAGAACCUCAGAUAAUUAAAUGUAAUGGGCCCUCAUUAAUGGAGGGGAGCUGCUGGUUUCCAUCAAUUAGUACGGGAGAACACUGUGUGCAGUAUUUGACACACUGAUGAAUGCAAAGUGCUGUUGGUGUUUAUUGCUCCCAGGUGCUCUGCAACUAAACCAGGACUGUGUAACCAGCUGAACUGAAUAGAUGUUAUGGUUUUGUUGCUCUUUUGAGGUGCUUUUUAGUGGUGCUAGAACAAAAGUCCCUGUAUAUAUCUACCAUAGCCCAAAAUCUGUGGUCAGCUUGGAUUUUAAUACAUCAAUGCAAACUAGUUGCAGGGACUAAGAGAAAUACUUGAUCCUUUAGACUCUGCUUUCCUUUCUUUUUCACUUCUCUUCCUAUGUCCUUCCUCUUCCUUCCCACAGUGCAAGAAUCAGAAACUUUUAGGAAUAUGCCUGUUCUUUCUUUCUCUCUCCCUCCCUCCUUUUUUUUUCUUUUUUUUUUUUUUAAAGGUGUUUUGUAGUUCCAAAGGGAUUUAA